AUGGUGAAGCCUGAGGUGGUGGCACAGGCCUACAAUACCAGCCCCAAAAGAAAGAAGAAAUCUAAGUUUAAAGCCUUUAAGCUGUUUUUUGGCAAGAAGAAAAAGAAAGAGACAGAAGAUGUUCCAGAAGGGAAACUUCUAAAGCCAGGAUUUUCCACCAGCACUGUUAGUGUGUCUUCUCUGAAGCCAGUUCUGGAAACAGAAACGGAGAACAAGCCUAAGAGCAGCAUGGGAGUCAAGGCCAUAUCCCAUGAGAGUGUCUUCUGUUUGGAGCCUGAGCCUGAAAAAUCAGCAAGCAACCAGCAAUCUUCCAUGCAGGCCCAGAGAGGCAGAUCACUAAAGAUCCCAGCACAACCUUCACACUUGCGGAGAUUGAGCACCAGCCCACAUGCUACCAGAUCUGAGAAAGUCUAUCAGGAGAUGCAAAAAGCCAUUGCUGGUGACAAGUCACCCAGGAGCUCCAGAAAGAAGUCCUCUCCAUGCAUGAGUGUCUCUGAAAUGUCUUCGGAUCUUGAGCUAGCCCAGUCCUCUCAAAGCAGCACUCAGCAGCCCUCACACUUUAGCACCCCAGCCACCUCCCGUGGCUGCUUGGAUUCUUCAGCUGCUAAACACAAGAUAUCUUUAAACCCCCGGAAACAGAAGAAGAAGAAGACAAUUUCCACAUCUGUGAAAGUAAAGCAGGAAGAGCAGCAGCAUUCACUACCAUCCAAAGAAAAGACUACAGUGAAGAUGAAACAAGCUGACCAAAAGGAGCAGAAAAGGGACGGCACAGAACUCUCAAGCCAGGAGAAGAGUUACAAACCUGAGACUCAAGAUAAGGAGACAAGAGAUCAAGCUCUAAGCACUGAUGCUCCCUCAAGCGUGGGUUGCUCAGUUUCAGGAUCAAAUCCAAGAAGAUGUAGAAGGGCCAAAAAUGAGUGGGAGAUCAUAGAAAGAAGCCUUCUAAAAUCCACUCAAGAGCAUGGCCUAGGCAGUAGAUCUGAGUCCUCACCUAAUAAAGAGAUGGCUGGUGAAGAGCACUCUUUCUUACACCUUUUCUUGGAGAAGAAAGGCACAGCACAACAUACAACCACAGAAUCAAAAAUUGCUCGUUCUGAGGAGAUGCUGUCAGAUAAAGGGGUUAUGAAGAGGGAAAUGGGUGACAUAAAUGUUGAAGCUCAAAGAGCGCUAGCACCACAACCUAUACCUACAGAUGUAGUGGAGUCCAUGGUCAGUGGUCCACCACGGUGCCAAGAAGAUAGGUCUUCUGAAGUCAAGAAGAGAAAGAAUAGAGCUGCUAUGUUGCCAUGGACACAAAAAUCUCCUACCAGCCAAGAAAAGGCCACUGUCUUGAGUAAAGUCCAUGGAGAAGAGGAAAAAGCAUCCAGCCCUGGUUCACAAAAAUGUCAACCCAAAAUGGAAUUAUCCUUGGAGAGCACAACUUCCUACAAAAAGAGGCAUUCCGGAAGUGGUUUCAAGGCCCUUUCUGCAAGCGUUUCAAGUGCUACCACAGAAGGGGAUGUUUCUACGCAGAUAUCACCUUUCCCUCUCAGAAGGUGGCCAAAUGCAAGGGAUAUCUCCUCAGAUUCAAAGAGUACCUCAGAGUAUGAGAGUAGUUCUGAAAUGCAGCUGGAUCCUGCACAUCCUUUCCAGGCUAAAGAUGAUGAUGGUGAGGAUGAUGAUGAUGAUGAUGACGAUGAUGUCUUCCUCAAAUCAGAAAGUGUAGAUGCAGGACUGAGCACGAUGGAGCAGAAACAGCCUCUCAGAUAUUCCUCCCAGUCAUUAGGGAAACCCGGAGCUAGAGAAGGCUUUUCAGAGCCACAGAGUUCUUCAGAAGAUGAGAGAAGUUGUGAGGAACUGACAUCUCACUCUUCCCAUUCCUUGGAGGACUUUGAAGAAUGUUCAGAAUCAAAAAAUUUCACCCUAGGUUCCAUCUCUGAAGAGCAGCUGACUUCCACCUGCCAUUCACAGGCUGUGCAUGUGUCUGAGGAAAAGGAAGCUUCCACAGAAUCAAGUAGUUACAUGGAGAAGUGCCACAGCUCUGAGGAUCAGACCAGCUCAGAGCAGGCUUCAGGUCAGUUCAGAGACCAGCAAGAAGCAGUCCCAGUUUCAAAGAGUGCUCCAAAAGAGCGGAGUGUUUCUGCCAAGCCGGUGUUCCCCAAGACCACUUCUUCACCCACUGUGAGUUCUAUUAGUCAACAACAAACCCCCACCACAAUGAACAUUUCUAUGGGACAGAGCAGAUCUAUGGAAAAAUUGCCUCCCAGCCACACUGGGGAAUCACGGUUGAGCGCUCAGGCUGAGCAUCAAGAAUUUGUAGAGGUAGAGGGUGUGGCUGCCGACUGGGACAUUUUUAUGCAGCCACUGUCCCCUAAAAAGGCUUCUAAGCACCCAGUGGGGCACCAUGAUGAGCAAAACGUUCCCUCCUAUUCAGAUGUUGCGACCAUGGAAGAGGCAGCUUCUAUGGAGGUACUGUUUCUCAGACAUAAUUUUCAGCCGCCAACCAGACCAGUGUUUGAGCAAGAAGUUUCUGCAGGCCCAGAACUUGCCAUUUUUGAAGAAAGUGUUGCUUCACAGACUCUUAGACAACCUUCCCAGUCCUCUGUGCAACAAAGCAUCAAGAAAGAAAUAUUGUUGGGUGCAGAAAGUGAUGCAUUUGAGGGUUGUGCAUCCAUAGAGCCCUUGCCUCCUCAGCAUCAUCUUCAGCCACUGUUGAAUCCCUUCAUCCAGCAACAGGCAUCCUACAGAGGGAUUUCUAUGGAUCCAAGGUUUGCAAUGCACUUUUUCCAGCCACAGAUGAAGCUUCAAGGGAUGCAAUCAUUUUCUUUAGCUCCAGAGAACACAGGAUUUGAAGGGAACACUUCUUUGGAGCAUGUGCCUCAGACCCUUUCCCAGCCUAUGCUGCAGCCUUAUCAAAAUGUGCCUUUAGAAUCCAAGGCUGUUGCUGCUAAGAUGAUGUCCAUGGACCCAAUGCACUCAACAUAUCCUGCUCAGUCCUUACCAAGUCCUCAAAGCCAACUAGUCUCAGAAAGCACCUCUGUAGAAGGUGCCACUGUGGUGGAGCCUCUUCCUCCUCAGCCUUCAGUGAAGUCCAAAUUCCAGCCACAGAUGAGCCAAGAUUCAGUGAGCACUUCCACCCUAUGGAGCAGUUCUAUGGAGGCACUCUCUCCUCAGCAUAUCUUUCAAACACAGGCAAACCCUAAAUUUAUGCAAGUUCCCACAGCUCCAGAGAGCCUUGAGGCCCAAGGGAGCAUAUCCAUGCAACUAGUUCCUCCCAGAAGUCCUUCUGAUCCAUCGGUGGCCCCUACCUUUGAGCAAAGGUCUAUACUCCCAGGCACUGUUCCUGUUGCAUGGGCCAUUCCCAUUUAUUCAGCAGCUCCCAGAAUGCCUUCUCAGCCCUUGAUGGGAUCUGUAGUCAAACAACCAGUCUCCACAGGAUCCAUGAACACACCUGCACAACAGAUCAUCUCUGUAGAGCCAAUGUCCACUAGACACCCUUUGCAGCCAUGGCAGACUACUCCAUUUGAACAUGGCUCUGCACCUUCAGACAGUGCUGCUGCUGCUGCCGCUGCCGCUGCUGCCGCUGCCGCCGCCGCUGCUGCUGCAUGGGGCAUUCCUAUUGCUCCACCACCUCCCAUAAUGCCUUCUCAGCCCUUGAUGGGGACAGUCUCCACUGAGUUAGUAAGUGUUUCUGUGCCACAGAGCAGCUCUGUGGAGCUAAUGCCUUCCAGAUUCCGUUUCCAGCCAAGAGCAGAUCCAGAGAGCUAUACAGCAGAGAAGGGAGUUUCUACAAUGAUAAAGCCAGGAAGGCAUCAUUCUUCGCCCUCCAUGAGCUCAGAAUCCAAGGAAGAUGAUUCCCCAGAUUCAGUGAGAGCUUCUGAAGAAUGGAGGCUUCCUACGGAGUCAACGCCUUCCAAAAAUGCUCCUCAGCUGUGCUUAGUCCCUGAAUUUGAGCAACAAGCCUCAAAUCCAGAAGUUGUUGAGGAAGAGUGGAACCCUUACAAGGAGGCAUGUCUUUCGGGACAUCCUUCCCAAACCAUUACCAAACAUGAAGUCCAGAAAACACCAUCAAGUUUUGAGAGUCUCUCUACUGAGGGAGGCAUUCUUCCCAAGCCACUGCCUUCCAAACAUCCCAUCUCAUUCUUAACGAAAUCUAAAAUUCAGGAACUGUCCGCUCGUCUUGAGGGUGCUGACCCUCAAGACAGCUCUGAUAAACCACAGAAGAGCACAGCUCCUUCCCAGUCAUUUGUGAAGUUUAUGGCACAGCAAGUAUUUUCAGCAAGCAAUGCUAAUGAAAUAGGCAUUUAUGCAAAGCCCAUGAUUCGGAGCCGCAGCCGUCCAUCCAGAUCCCUGUUGAAGCCUAAACUCGAUGAACACAUUUUCUUAUAUAACUGGGACAAGGAACCCACGGAAUACACCAGUUUGAAGAAUCUGCUCAUACAACAGCCUUCUCAGUUACUCAGAAAGCCUGAAAAGCCUCAAGAAGUUCUGCCAUAUUCUGAGGGUGCCCCUGUGAAGCGGAGCAGUUCUGCAGAAGACAUCUCCCAGCCCCGGCGUAAGCUUGAGUACAGGCAGAAAGUCUCAGUUUCUGUCAAUUUUCCUGAAGAGUGGAAGAAGUCUGAAGGACAUCUACAGUUCACAGAACCUUCUCAAGCCUUCCAAGUGUCUGAGUUGCAGCCACCGAAGUUAUCAACAGGCUCCACAAAUGUUCCUGUGGAGUGGAGCAGUCCUGAAGAGCAUCGGCGUCCCGGUCAGCCUAUUGAGGCUGUCUUGAUCACUGACUAUCAGCAACAAAUUUAUUUAAGUUCUGCCAAUUCUGCUGCUGAAGGAACCAUUUCUGAGAAGAAUACUGGCAGCUGGUCCAUGCCAAAAGCCCCAGCUUCUUCAACAAAGUCCAUGAAAUACAGUAAAGGCUAUGAGGACUUACCUAAAAGCACCCUGAUUUCUGAUACCAAACCUGGCACAUUCACUACUGUUCCUGACCAGAAAGCAUUCGUUUCCCCGGGCAUUUAUUCUAAGGAGGAAGUUCCUCAGAGUCAUGAUGGAAAUGAGAGUCCUUCAGUCCUAUCCACCAGCAAGACUGAGGUUGAAAAUGUUUUUGGAGUGCGACUGCGAAGAAUCUCACAAAAGAGUGGGAUGGAGAAACCAGAUCUUUUCACAUCAUUUGUCCCAGUUUCAUCAUCAAUAAGCAAAGAAUCGGUGAACAAAGAAGAUCUCCAGGACCUCAGUAGAGGCCCAGAGAAGUUUAGCCCAACACUUAGCUUUGUGGAAAAGCAAGGGAACAGGCCCAGAUAUCAAGGCAUUUUCAAGAAACCAGCAGUUUACAAGCCUCCAGGAAACACUUCUAAUUGGAAGGCAGACUCAACGACAGAGUCAGGUUGUAUCACUGUGGCAAAACAGAGGCAAAGAGGCACUCCAUCCUACUUUGCUAAAAAACCCAGGAAUAGAGCUGAAAUUAGGGCUGAGACCAAGGAACCUAGGUAUGAGUCAAAAUAUGAUCCAGACUCGGAAUUACUACGAAAGGAACCUAAACACAAAACUGAUACCUCAGCAAAGACGAUUUUUUCUACCAUUAUUCCCAGACAUGAGUUGGCAAAGUCAAGGGUGUCUAAGUCUACGAAAUCAGUUGCAUUUGAUGAUCAGAAGAUAUUUCAUACAUAUACCAGGGAAAAAGAGACCAGGAGAUCUUCAAGUCUUCCACCUAAAUUUACACCACCCGAGGAGCCUGUGUGGUUUUCAAUGGCCAAGAAGAAAGCCGAAGCAUGGAGUCAAAUGGCAGAGAUCAUGCAAUAAAUAGCUCCCGGAUGAAGCAUCAGCAUUUUCAAUAAUAAUUGCAGUAGCUGUGGUGAUCCCACAUAAUAAUCUUUACUAGGGUUUAAAAAAUAACUUUAGAAGUAGAAAUUAACAUUUUAAUUACUUGAGUGAAAUAAAUGCUACUAAUGUCUACCCUCAGUAAAUUACUAUCAGCAUUCCCAAAUCCAGCAUGUUCUCCAGAAAACCUAUGCUAGAGAAUUGUAAAGUCAUUAACUUUAAACAUUGUGCCUUAGAAGAAAGAAAACAAUUGUAUUUUGUUUCAGAAACUUAAAGAUUGCCAUUUGUUUCAACAAAAAAUUUUAGUGGAAAGAUUCAGGUGAUUUAGCCUAGGGAAUGGAUGUACUUUCCACCAGGCAGAUGGCAAGUUUUCUUGUUAGACUGUGUCUGGUGCCUUUGGGGAGUGACCUUCCUCUCUGGCUCCAGGCUUAGGGCAGAGAUACUCUGUAACUCAGAGUCUUAGUUACUUUUUCUGUUGAUGUAAUAAAUUCUCAGAUAAAAUUAACCUAAUGGAGAAAGGGCUUAUUUUGGCUUAGAGUUCGAAUAUAAAGUCCACCACUGCAGGGAAUUUCUGGCAGCAGGAACUUGAGGAAGGUGGUCACAUUGCUUUUCCAGGCGAGAAAUGAAAGUAAUGAAAUCUUGUGCUCAACUCAUGUUCUCCCAUUUGUAUGUGUGUGUGUGUGUAUACAUAUAUACAUAUAUAUAUAUAUAUAUAUGUAUGUAUGUAUGUAUGUAUGUAUUCCCCCUCUGAAGUUCCAAGCCUAGGGAAUGAGGUCACCUAUGGUAGGUGGGUUUUCUCAACUUAAUUAACCUUUUCAUUUUUAAACUCUCCACAUUUUUUCUUUCAAGUCCAGCAAAAAUUAUGAGAGCUACCCUUAGAAACCUUAACAGUAAACUUUGUUCAUUUUUCUAGAUCCAAAGGACAUCUAUUUCUGUCACUUCGUGCUUGGUUUGCUUAAGCAGAAAUGCAGCCUUGAACAUCUAUAUUGGAUGCUUUCCCAUUCAAAACCAAGUCUAGAGAAGCAAUGAGAUUCUAUAGCUUGCUUAAAUAAUUAGUGCUGGGUUUUUGCUGACGAUGGUAUAAUGAGAUGUUGUAAAACAACAUGCUGGAUUUUUCAUUUAAUCUAUAAAACAACUCCUUAUUUUUAUCCUCUAGCUGUUGCCCUUUUGAUAAUGUUAAAUUUUUGAUCGACUGGAUUUCAUUCCAUUUAUAUUCACAUAGUGAAUAGUUUGUUUAAACCAAUGCUUUUAACAUAGGGAAUCCUAGUAUAUUAGUUCUAACACUUCCCUUUCCCAUUUUUGCCUAUACCCCCAUUACUUUGUUUUCACUAUGAGAACUCCCCAUUAA